GCUUCGCCUUCCAGACAUCAGUACCCUGGUGAAGCAGUUGAAGAGUUAUCUUGCAGGACUACACCGCUUUUGUUACCAUGGCAACAAAUAGCAGUGGCUCUGAUGGCAUCACGAGAGGAUCGGAAGGGGCAUUUGCCAACGGAGUAGCUUCCACUAAAUCCUACAAGUGUGAGGAGUGCGGCAGGCAGUUCAGUAAGUUGGAUAAACUUAAGACUCAUAUCCGGGUUCACACAGGGGAGAAACCUUACAAAUGUGAGGAGUGUGGGAAGCAGUUCAGAGAGCUGGGUCACUUAAAGUCACACAUGCGGACUCACACUGGGGAGAAACCCUACAGGUGUGAGGAGUGUAGUAAGCAGUUCAGUCGGCUGGGUGAUUUGAAGACACACAUGCGGACUCACACAGGGGAGAAACCCUACAGGUGUGAGGAGUGCAGCAAGCAGUUCAGUCAGCUGGCUAAUUUGAACAGUCACAUGGCACGAACUCACACAGGGGAGAAACCCUACAAGUGUGAGGAGUGCGACAGACAGUUCAGUCAGCAAGGUGAUCUGAAGAUUCACAUGCGGACUCACACAGGUGAGAAACCCUACCAGUGUGCGGAGUGCAGUAAGCAGUUCAGUCAGCUGGGUAGUCUGAAGUCUCACAUGCGCACUCACACAGGGGAGAAACCAUACAGGUGUGAGGAGUGCAGCAAGCAGUUUAGCAGCCUGAAAACUCUGAAGUGUCACAUGAAAACUCACACAGGUGAGAAACCCUACAGGUGUGAGGAGUGUAGCAAGCAGUUCAUUCAGCUGACUCACUUAAAAUCACACAUGCGGACUCACACGGGGGAGAAACCCUAUAGGUGUGAGGAGUGCAGUAAGCAGUUCAGUCAUCUGGGUAACCUAAAUUCUCACAUGCGGACUCACACAGGGGAGAAACCCUACAGGUGUGAGGAGUGCAGCAAGCAGUUCAGUCAGCAAGGUGAUUUGAAGAAACACAUGCGGACUCACACAGGUGAGAAACGCUACAGGUGUGAAGAGUGCAGCAAGCAGUUUAGUAGGCUGGAUUGUCUUAAGUCUCACAUGCGGACUCACACAGGGGAGAAGCCCUACAGAUGUGAGGAGUGCAGCAAGCAGUUCAGUCAUCUGCAUGAACUAAAGCCACACAUGCGGACCCACACAGGGGAGAAACCCUACAGAUGUGAGGACUGCAGCAGGCAGUUUAGUAGGAUGAAUUGUCUGAAGUCUCACAUGCGGACUCACACAGGGGAGAAACCCUACAGGUGUGAGGAGUGCAGCAAGCAGUUCAGUCAAUGGAGUAAUCUAAACUCUCACAUGCGGACCCACACCGGGGAGAAACCCUACAAGUGUGCGGAGUGCAGUAAGCAGUUCAGUCAUCAGAAUGACUUGAAGAGACACAUGCGGACUCACACAGGGGAGAAACCCUACAGGUGUGAGGAGUGCAGCAGGCAGUUCAGUAAUCUGUUUAACCUAAAGACUCACAUGCGGACCCACACAGGGGAGAAACCCUACAAGUGUGAGGAGUGCAGCAGGCAGUUUACCCAGCAGGGUGACUUGAAGAAACACAUGCGGACUCACACAGGGGAGAAACCCUACAGGUGUGAGGAGUGCGGCAGGCAGUUCAGUAGGCUGAAAAGUCUGAAGUCUCACAUGCAGACCCACUUGCAAGAAAGGCAUGUUUAAGGACUCUAACUUAGUCUAAGGAGUAAAAAAAAACUCAAAGUUUUGAGGAUUGAGGUGUAGGCUUGGUCAUAUCAGAAACCCAGCUUGCAAAGUCAGGCAGGGAAACACUCAAGCAGCAUGGGGACUGGAAGAGACACAUGCAAACGUUGAAGUGGGAAAUUUUAUCAUACCUCAAGUUGUGAGAAGAGUCUGAAGACAGUAUUUUUUCCUGUAUGGUUCACAAGGUCCAUCUUCGUGAAGCCAUUAAAGAAAUACAGUACUUGGAUUGAGAACUUCCAAGCUCUUAAUUCAUGAUGCACUACAAACAGUGGCUUUUUAAAGUUUGCUUUAGUUAGAAUGUUUAUGUUCCAUGGAUUUUUUUGUUGUUGUUCUUUAGAUUGCACCCAGUACAUCUAGUUUGUAGCAUUAACAAGUUAAAUGAUGUAGAAGAUGAAGGGUGUUACUAGUAUAUAUUACAUUGAGCUGUGACUAACCUAGGUUUGCAUGUGUAAAAGUUCUCUUGUUAUAGAGUAUAGGAGUUUUGUUUUUAUAGAUGGAAUACUAUCCAAUUUUAGCAUGUUAUUUUUAUUCUGUUCAUCUAGAUAUUUUUAGAAUCUAGUUUCUUAAGUAUACUAUUUUUCUCUUGUUUCUAGAUAAUGGUUACCAUGGGUGAUAGAUUUAGUGCAUGUAGUUGUAAGUGUAUAGAGGAAAACUAGUGUUGUUGCUGAUAUUCUCUUUAUUCAAUACAUUUUGUAGGAAUAGAAGUUGUUAUAGCCUAACAUUUAGUCUUUAAGUACAUGUAUACAACUCGAGGAAAGUGACUUUGUCAGUUUUGGUUAUGUUAACAUACGUUUGUUCAAGCAGUUUUGGUUUCUUGCCAAUAAAUGUUCUCUUUUUUACUCUUAUUUGCAUUCGUCUAUAUCUCAGGUCUAGCUGCAGCC